GAUGUAAGAAUCUAUGCCAGCUUUUCUUCCAGAGUUAAACCCUCGAUAAACAGAGUAGCGGUGAGAGGUGGGAGGGAAAUGGCGUACGUGAACGCCCGGCGCACCUUAGCAUCUUCCGUGGCACGAGCGCUUUCUUCGUCACCCGCAAGAGCUUCUCCCUCUGGCUGUCGUUUCGCAUUCGCGUUGCUCCCCACCAAACAAACCGUACCCGUUGCGCAAUGGGCGAAUUUCCCGGUUCGGAGCAAAUCGUCAGGUUCGGGUUACUCGCCCCUGAACGACCCGUCCCCGAACUGGAGCAACCGUCCCCCGAAGGAAACCAUUCUUCUGGAUGGCUGCGACUACGAGCACUGGCUCAUCGUUAUGGAGUUUCCCGAUAACCCUAAACCCUCCGAAGAGCACAUGGUCAGCACCUAUGUCAAAACCCUAGCCCAUGUCCUCGGAAGUGAGGAAGAGGCCAAAAAGAAGAUAUACUCUGUUUCCACUUCUACAUACACAGGCUUCGGUGCCCUCAUUUCCGAAGAGCUUUCUUAUAAAGUCAAAGAGUUACCUGGAGUUCUUUGGGUGCUGCCAGAUUCAUAUCUUGAUGUCCCCAACAAGGAUUAUGGAGGUGAUUUAUUUGUUGAUGGGAAGGUGAUUCCUAGGCCACAGUAUAGAUAUUCGGAGAGGCAACCCAGUAGAAGUAGACCUCGGCCGCGACAUGACAGGCGACGAGAAACAAUGCAUGUUGAAAGGAGAGACCAACAGAACUGGAGCCAAGGUCAUGGGGGACCUCUGCAGCCAUCAACUCCAAUGAAUAGUCAUAACUUGGCUUCUGAUAGAGAGAACUAAGAACUGGUCUAUACGAACUCUGCCUUAGGAAUUACCACAUACGGAAACCGAACUAAGUUUUUUUUCUUUUAGAGAGUUUGGAUCUAAGUUUCUGAGAUCAUAUUUUACUUGUGUGGAAAAUGGCUGUGCCUGCCUUGAAUGAUAUUUGAUCAUAGUAUUUUACACCUUCAUUAUGAAGUUGUGGACCAGAACGAGUUUCAUUUUAAUUUUUUCUCUGUAUGAUUUAACAUGCUAUUUGGAUCACUGACUGUUGAUAUUUAUAGACUUGAAACAAAUUUUGCUUUUACAUCGGAACCA